UAUAUAUAUAUGAGAACCUCUGGUGGCACUAAUUUACGCAAAACAGAAAAAACACAACACAAAAACUAGAACGAAAGCUCAGACUUUUAUGGCAACCCAUCUCCUCCGAUCACCGAGUCUUCUCCGCCAUCUCCGCCCGUCCAUCUCCGCGACCCCUUUCGCCGGAGUUCCCUCGUUCGCUGCCUCUACCGCCGUCGUCCCCGAAAUCCUCACCUUCGGACAACCUAACCCCGACGAGCCCGAGCCCCUUCAGCCCAAACACAUCCCCGACCUCGAUCUCUCCGACGAGGCCCGCCUCUUCGCCGGCGUUCACACGGCGGAGCUCCUCCGUUCCACCGCCGUCCUCCACGCGGCGGCGAUCGGGCCGAUGGUCGAUCUGGGCUCGUGGGUCAUGGGCUCCAAGCUCAUGGACGUGGCGGCGACUCGGGAACUCUUUCUCGGCGUCGUGAGGAGGACGUUCUACGACCAUUUCUGCGCCGGAGAGGACGCGGCGGCGGCUGGGCGGCGCGUGAGGCGCAUGUACGAGGCAACAGGGCUGAAGGGUAUGCUCGUCUACGGCGUGGAACACUCCGACGACGGUGGAGCGUGCGACGACAACAUGCAGAGGUUCCUCGAUACCGUCGAAGCCGCGAGAGGAGUUCCUUCUAAUUACGUUAGCUCCGUGGUUGUGAAGAUAACUGCGAUUUGUCCGAUCAGAGUGUUGAAACGAGUGAGUGACUUGCUUCGUUGGCAAUACAAAAACCCUAAUUUCGAUCUCCCAUGGAAGCUCAAUUCAUUCCCGGUUUUCUCCGGUUCAAGUCCUCUGUACCACACGAACUCUGAACCCGAACCGUUAACCCUAGAAGAAGAACGAGAACUCGAAAACGCCCACGAAAGACUACGGACCAUAUGCCGCGAGUGUCAAGAAACCAACGUGCCGUUGCUGAUCGAUGCCGAGGACACAAUCCUGCAACCGGCGAUAGAUUACAUGGCGUAUUGGUCGACGAUCUUGUUCAAUUCCGACAAGUCUCGGCCGGUUGUGUACAAUACGGUUCAGGCGUAUCUGAAAGACUCGGGGGAGAGAUUGCAAUUGGCGCUGCGAGAAGCCGAGAAAAUGGGAGUUCCAGUAGGGUUUAAGCUCGUGAGAGGGGCUUACAUGUCUAGCGAACGACGUCUAGCCAGUUCCUUGGGUUGCAAAUCACCGGUCCACGACAGUAUCGAGGAGACUCACACGUGCUACAACACGUGCAUGUCCUUCUUGCUAGAGAAGGCCGCCAGUGGUUCGGCCGUCGGGGUCGUUCUCGCCACUCAUAACACCGAUUCAGGAAAACUUGCGGCCAAGAAGGCGAAGGACCUUGGGAUCGAUAUAGGAGACAGGAAGAUCGAGUUUGCGCAGUUGUACGGAAUGUCCGACGCAUUGUCUCUCGGGCUUAAGAAGUCGGGUUUCAACGUCAGCAAAUACAUGCCCUUCGGACCGGUCGAGACCGCCAUUCCGUACUUGCUCAGACGUGCAGAAGAGAACCGGGGAAUGCUCGCCACUACUGCCCUUGACCGCCAACUUAUGAGGAAGGAGCUGCAGAGGAGAUUGAAGGCUGCAGCAAUUGCGUGAGGGUUUCUCUGCGGUCACAGGGAGAUCCAAAAUUGCAAUUUGGAGAAAUGUAGAUUUAAGAAAUCAGAUAUAUCAUGUUUUUAAAAUUUUCGAUUUUGGGGAAUAUAUUUCCAAUGGCAUUGGGAAAUCAAAAUGUAUAAAUAUAGAAAUAUAACCAAUGUAUGUGUGUGUUACCUAUUAUCAGACCAGACCUGGGUUCACGGUUUCACCGGAACCAGUGUUCCUAUGAA